CGUUUUUCUUCAGAUACUCAGGCACAAGCCGAGUCUCCCACUCUUUGACAUCAUGAAGACUGUUUGCCAGAUUCUCGUGGAAGGGGACUGGAUGACGUCAGAGCCCGACCGGAACUCGGUACGCAAAAGAGCAGCCGUUACUUCCGAGUAAUUUACAACCUAGCGCCGUAUUGUUCCAUCGUAGGGCUGUACGCAGUACAGUAAAACUGAACCUGGCACCGCCACGGGGGGCAGAUGGGCACAGCCACUGCAAUCGAACGUCUCCGAACAUCAUCCGUCCCGCAUCGGGCAUCUGGAUUCUGAGGCCUUUCGCAUUCGUUCGGGCUGUCUCUCUCGUCUCAUCUCGCCACUAUCAUCCCCAACUUCUCUCCCCGGGUACCCCCUCGCAUACUGCUCCAAACGAAGCUUUUGAUUCCGAAACCCUUUCACACUCUCCCCGACGUUCUACUCGACCGCUAGUUGCCAUCAUGUCCUGGGCAGGGUUCAAGAAAAAUGUCAACCGCGCUACGACGCAGGUGAUGAUGAAGACGGGACACGUGGAGCGCACGAACGAUCGCGACUAUGAGAUUGAAGAGCGUCGGUACCGGACGAUGGAAGCUGCCGCCAAUCGGUUACAGAAGGAGGCAAAAGGAUACUUGGACUCGCUACGAGCUAUGACCGCAUCGCAGAUGCGUAUUGCUGAGACCAUCGAUGCUUUCUAUGGGGAUGCCGGAACCAAUGAUGGCGUGAGUCGAAGCUACAAGCAAGCCGUGGAGGAUCUCGAUGCCGAAACCAUCAAGGCAUUGGAUGGACCGUACCGUUCGACCGUGCUGGAGCCGAUCUCCCGUUUCUGUGCCUACUUCCCCGACAUCAACGAGUGCAUCAAGAAGCGCAACCACAAGCUACUGGACUACGAUUCGAUGCGCGCCAAGGUUAAGAAGUUGGUCGAGAAGCCCGACAAGGACGCCACGAAGCUUCCCCGGACGGAGCGUGAGACGGAGAUCGCCAAGCAAGCCUAUGAACAGUUGAACGAACAGCUCUUCAACGAACUCCCCCAGCUUAUCGACCUGCGUGUGCCGUACCUGGACCCAAGUUUCGAGGCUUUGGUAAAAAUUCAACUGCGGUUCUGUGCCGAGGCAUACUCGCGCAUGGCGCAGGUGCAGCAGUACCUGGAUGCGGAGACGAGGGACCAGUACGCCCGGGGCGACCUGGACAACCGGGUGGAAGAGGUGUUGCAAGAGAUUCGGGAUUUGAGCAUAGCGGGAACUGUCUAAUCGUGUCACAUUGCUUUGGGUGGGUUCGUUUCUUGCUUAUCUGUUCUAUUACCCUGCGUGCCUGUCGAUUUCCCUGAUAGCCGCUCUAAUUAUCUCUGCUUCUGCAUCAAAACAGCCUUGGGGAACUCAUUGUUAAAAUUACAUUAAAUUAUUUUGGAAUUCCCAUAUCCAUCCAUGAUUACAUAUGUAGACCAUCCAUCUAUGUGAGAAAUCCAAAAACUAAUAACAGGGGUAUCUCGAAACCACCUCUAUAUUUAUAUCCCAUUCCA